UUCAAAACAACCUAUUCACCUUUGGUAAGCAAAAGGAAACGAGUGAAACUUGAGCAAAGAGCUGGGGAGAUUAAUUCUUCAUGGAAACUUAUUUACCGAAAUCCGUUCAUUUUUCCGAUCUCUUUUUUGGUUCGAUUCAAAAUUUAUCACACUUUUCUUUGUAUUCUGGUCUCUUCUGCCUGUUGCUAUUACUACGUUGAAGGUUCCCUUAGUGAAGCUCAAUUAGCUCUUUGUACCGUCUCUCUGUUUAUUGUUUUACUCUUGCUAUUUGGUUACAGUAUUUUGUAUCAGCGUCUAGUUGGUCGUAUUUAUAUUUCUAACGAUUCUAAAAGACUUCGAUUCGCUCAUGUCAACUUUUGGGGUAAUCGAGAGGAUGUAACGUUACCGAUAGACAAGGUUAUUCCUAUUUCUGAUACCAACGAAAAACUCAACACCUUUCAUAUAAAAAUAGCUCUAAAUGGCUCACCACAAACGUACUACAUGAACUUUGGAGCUAAAUCCAUCAUAUCUCCCGAUGAUUUCGCUAUGGCCUUCGGACAUAAUCCUCAUCCCGCUUUUUACGAUGAUAUAGCGUUGAGUGAAUGGACAGAAGAAUUUAAGAAAAGACUAGAUGAAUCAAAGACCAAGUCAAAUAGCGUAGAUACAAAUUCAAAGUAAAAUGUAAAUAUAACUUUAAAAAAUGUAGAAAAUCAAACAUAACAAUUAACAAAUUGAAACUUGUCAGUUCGUGA